AUGCACUUGAAGAUCUUACCUUUGGACGCUAAGGCUGCGGAAUAUUACUCCUCCCACAAAACGUUCCAUGCUGGUGAUUCUGGUCUGGACUUGUUCGUUGUGAAGGAGCAGACUAUCCAACCUGGCGAGACGGCUUUCAUAAGGCUAGGCAUCAAGGCAGCUGCCUUUGAUGGCAAGGACGGAGCUGGCUUGUCAUGGUUGCUCAUGGCGCGAUCGUCGAUCUCCAAGACACCUUUAAGACUGUCAAAUUCCAUCGGCCUUAUCGACCAGGGAUACCGAGGAGAGAUCAUAGCCGCUGUCGACAACAUCAAAAAUGAAGCUUAUACGGUCAAGGAAGGUGAUCGCCUCGUCCAAGCAGUGGGCUUCGACGGCAAGGGAAUCACAAUGGAGCUCGUGAAGGAGCUCGACGAGACUACGAGAGGCGAGGGUGGUUUCGGCUCGACCAAUGUGGGGGUAGAUAAAGGCAUCGAUAAGGCCAAGCAGGACCCUCCGAUCAAGCGCUCGAAGGUGGCUGGUGACGUUAUCAGUGCGGCGAUAGUAGGCGCCUGA